CAACAGGAGCAGGACCCCACCAAUCUCUACAUAUCUAACCUGCCUGUGUCGAUGGAUGAGCAGGAGUUGGAGAACAUGCUGAAGCCUUUUGGUCACGUCAUUUCCACGCGGAUACUGAGGGAUGCCAAUGGCCUUAGCAGAGGAGUUGGCUUUGCCAGGAUGGAGUCAACAGAGAAGUGUGAUGUGGUGAUUCAAAAUUUCAAUGGGAAAUUUUUGAAAACCCCUCCAGGCAUGACUGCUCCCUCAGAGCCUUUGCUGUGCAAGUUUGCUGAUGGAGGCCAGAAGAAGAGACAGACCCAGGUCAAAUAUCCCCAGAAUGGACGAUCGUGGACACGGGAAGGAGAGAGUGGUAUGGCGUUGACGUAUGACCCCACAGCGAUGCAGAAUGGGUUCUACUCUUCUCCAUACAGCAUCUCCACGAAUCGGAUGAUUGCUCAGACAUCGAUCACACCCUUCAUUGCUGCCUCUCCUGUCCCCACAUAUCAGGUUCAGAGUACAUCUUGGAUGCCACAUCAACAAUAUGUUAUGCAACCUACAGGUGCUGUGAUCACUCCAGCUGCUGCCAUUGAGCCCAGUUUGUCUAUUCACCCCUCCAGUGUAAUGGCUCCUCUAACCCAGCAGAUGAACCACCUGUCUCUGGGCCCAACAGGCACUUACAUGCCUGCUGCAGCGGCUGCUCCUAUGCAAGGAACCUACAUUCCCCAGUACACUGCAGUGCCUGCCUCGGCCAUCACAGUGGACGGUGUGGUGACAGACCCCUCUCCACAGACAGCUGCCCCCUCCUCACAGGACGCCAGUGGGCAGCAGCCUUUACCUGUGGAGAACACAGGAGAUCACGCCACAGCCUACUCUUACCAGCAGACUAAAUAACAGGAUUGGUAGGAAUCAUUGCUGCAUUGCCUUUAGGAGGACUGCACGAAGGCGCUGGAGACGCAGAGUAUCAAAAGGAAACGGGACAAAACAAAAAACAAAAUCAGAGGUGACAUGGACAUCACUGACGGGAGAAUGCUUCCACUGUGCACGGGCACCAAAUAAAAGACAAAACGAAGAAAAAAAAAAUAUCUUUCUUACCUGGUUGAACUAAGAAAAAGACAGAAGAAAAAGCAAAUGAUGGUUUGCUAAACUCAAAGACAAUGAAAUCAAUGGCGGUCUCCAACUUUGAGUUUUCAUUUUUCACCAUGAGACUGGACUUUGCCUCCAAAGGAAAAAAACAGAUAAGGGGACGUAAAGAGAAAUCUAAAGUCAACCAACUGUACAGAAAAAAAUGAACAUUUGAAUGUGCAGGUAGAUUUUCAGACUUUUUUAUUGAAAAUAGAAGGAAGCCAAGUCUUGAACAAAAACGGGCUGUCUUCCUUUGAUAUUAAGCUACAUUAUUUUCAUUCUUUUUAUUAUUUGAGUAGUUUUCUAGAAUAUUAGUGUUUUCGUAAAUCUUUAUUGCCUUAAUUUUCUCAAACUUUGGGGAAAAAGUUUCCAAGUGUUGAAUUAUUUAAAAAAAAAAGGACUGAGUUGUUGAAUGAUUUUUUUUAAAGGGUUCUUUGAGUUUAUGAGAGCCUCAGAAAUGAAAUCUACAAAGCUAUCUGUAUAAGACAAAAGGUUGUAUUUGUAUGAAGGUGAUUUUAAAUUAUGUGGUACAGUGCAGGUGAUGUUGGUUGACUAGGGAAAAAAAUCCUUUUACAACUUGUGGGAGCGGUCAGCCCACCGCUUCCUGGAAAUGCAGUUUAGUUCAAUCAUGGGAAAGAAAUUCAGUUUCUCCACCACUUUUUUUGUAUUUUUAUUUUUUUCAUUGCGGUGCUUUUAAAAGUUUUUCCUUUGCCUGCUUGCUUGUCUCAUUGCAAAAAGAAAAAGGAACAUUUCUGACUUUGAGAAAAAGCAGAGAAAAAAAAGCUAGGAUUUUUAAAUGUGCAAAAAGCAAUAGUUUUAGUAAAACUGUUGACAGUUUCUUGAGUCUUUCUUAACUGUUGAACAAAAAUACAGCCCGCGGGUGGCAUAUUUUAUACCAAAGAUGAAGAAACUAAGUUGUAAAGAGAUCUUCCUGUUGCUUUUUCUUAAUUUUUUCCACUUUGAAUCUGCUUUUUGGUUUUUGUCAAGCUGUUGCUGCGUAAAAUGAUCAGUGAAUGAGAGCAUGCAGUUGGUCCUUUAGCACAUUUGCCUCAAUCGGACGAAAUGUUUUGUGCGUCAUGUGAUCAAACUACCACCGCAUCUAAAACCCUGUGGUAUCCUGGUGAAAAAGCUACUUUUUUUAGACACCCAACGACAUCCUGCCGAGGCCUCAUCGACUGACCUUGCAUAACAACGCCGAGAUGGCAUAGCUCGCGAUGAAUGCUUCCCAAAAUAUGACAGAUUUAAUUGUUUUGCAUAAUCUAAGUCCAACUCACUGUUUUGUCUCGUUCUUGCCAAACACAAGCCACUGAAAAUAUGAGCAGGUCGAUGAUCUCUGUGAGAGGAAAGGGCAUUCCUGUUGAACGAAAUGAUUUCAGCUUAUAUAUAUUCUCCUUAAAAAAUGAGGAGAAUUACUUUUAUGUUGCCUUUACUUUUUGGGGUUUUUUUUCUCUUUUUGAUGAUUAUGUGUGAGCUGCUAAACACUUUUCAGUAUUGGGGAUUGAGGUUGUCUUAUGUUGGGUCUCCGUGGAAUAUUUGCACCUCCAGAGUGACUGUAAUUGAUCAUUUUAAGCAGAAUAAAGAUGAAAGAAACACAAACGUGCAUUAUUGUGCCUAGAGAAUAUCGGUCGAGAACAGAAGAAAACUUAAGAUGAACUUUAACUGGCUCGCACUGGUUCUGAGGUCACACCCUCGAAGACUCACGCCUUGACUUUCCACCAAUGAAAGGAAGCUAAGGAGAGACACAGGAAACAAAUGGACAUAGGAGAAAACAAAAUUGGUUUAACCAAAAUCAAAUGGAUAGAAAGCUCUAAAAUAAACAGGGGUAGGGAGUGAAAGAGAGUAGAGAACUCAAAAUCAAAAGUAAUAUUUAUAAGAUCUUUUUUUUUGUACAGGUGUGUACAAGAAGAUGCAACAGAAGUAACUUAGCUAUUUUUUUUAUUUGCUUGGUCUCAUGCCUCCCAUGUCUUUAAAAUUGUGAUUUUUGAGAGUGUCUGUAGAACCAGUGGAUAUUCCUGUAGCUUCAGAUGUGUCUUUUUGUUUGUUUCUUUGUUUUUUUUUUUCUUUUUAGU